AUGUCGAAUCCCUUUCUAAUUCUCUCGGAUUCAUCGUCGAGCCCGUAUUCAACUUCGUCUACAAAACCUGCCUCGAUCGCUAACAAUCCCUCAAUAGUAUCGAAUAUCUAUCAAGAUGUACUUGAAUAUGUUCUUCUUUGUACAGUCAACGAGCAACCCUCAUCGUCACUCAUUUAUCUUGCAGAAUUAGGAAAUGAACAACCGGAACACUGGGACAAAAAUCUAGUAGACCAAGCUCUGUUCGAACGUUUACGAAUGACUGAUCCAGUCAGUCAAUUGUUAACGUCAUCGUCAUCAUCGUCAACAACAACAAAAAAGUCAACAAGUCGAACGGAUGAAAGUGUAAUUGUAGAAACGCGAUGUUUGAUUUACUUAUCUGCAUGUUAUCAGAGAUUACUUCGACAACGGGAUCGUUUUCAAUCAGUACUUGAUGAGAUUAAGCAAUUAUUUGUCAAUCAUAGUAAAACAGCAAUUUCUCUACCGGAUCUUUACGAUGGGCAAGAUCUAUCCAAACAAUGGUUAGAUUUGUUACUUGAUGGUCAAGAAAAUCCAUCGAUACACGAGUAUACAGAUUGUAUUAACAAUGAUGUAUUAUCAUCGACAUCUACCGAUGAAAUGGAAAAUCUCUAUGAGUCGGUCUUUCGUCAUAUGUAUAUAGCGAUUAAACCGCUCUAUUAUUACUCAACGGAAUUGUUUUCAUACAUUGGAAUAUUGACUCAGCUGGCAAAAUGGGGAAUACUUGUUCGACUUCUGUUUCGAUUAUCUGAUCCGAAAACAUCAUCGAAUCGUCCAUUUCGAAAUCCGCUCGGAACAGGAAAUACUAGCGGUCGAGCUUUUGAAGAUACGAUAGUUGGAACUCUUGUUUCCAAAUCAUGUCUACCGUCAACACCUGACAAACCUUAUUUAUUCUUUGAAAAACCGAAAGUAAUGACUGAGCGUGAUGUUGAACUAACUGCUGGAACCAUGUGGGAGCCAAUGGGAAGAUAUCAAGAAUAUUUGUCACAAGUGUUUCGGUCAUUUGUCAAAAGUGCCGAUGCACGUAACGAUGUAUUAAAAUGGAUUGGCGAUUGUUUAUUUCAGAAUCGAGGCAAAAACAAAGAAUGGGCAUCACAUAACCCAUUAACUGCUUAUGUAUAUGCUAGUGAUGGGUUUCUACUAAAUUUGAAUAUUGUGCUGUUAAACCUUGCUGGACCAUUUUGUGAACCUUAUUCGCCGAAAUUAUUAAAGAUCAAUCCUAUCUAUGCAAUUAGUGAAAAUGAGAAUGUGCAUUUGAGAGAUCUUCAUAAGGAUACACCAUUGAUCGUUCGUGAUGAAGAUAAUCUUCCGGAAAAAACUAGUCCAAUUACAUUUAAUUUCAUUACUGAAAUCUUCUUCAUGUCUCAUCUAAGUUAUUCAUGUUCAGUACAAAGACUUCAUCGGACUUUACUCAAGAUCAAUGAAGAGUUAUCACGUGUUCAACAUGCGUACAACAAUGCAAUUCGAUUACAUGGAGCGAGUCACGAAGGUGCACAAAGACUAGAAAGUGCAAUGGAAAAAGGCAUGACGGCUUUUCUCAACAUAAAAACUGUACUAAAUGAACCUCGUUUAUUGGAACUAUCAAAUGCGUUGUUUACUGCGACAUGUUCAUGGCUUGUUCAUCUUGCCGCAUGCGAUCAUCCGGAAAGUGCGGAGGAAUUACGUCCGAUUAAAGAAUUGCCGCUAUUAUCAAAACCCAAUCGACAACUGAGCUUUAUUCCUGAAUUUAUUAUGGAGAACAUCACGAACUAUUUAACGUUUCUAAGCAGGUUUAAUGUGCAAUUGUUCGAAUCACUUGCACAUGUUAAUGAAUAUGUUACUUUGGUCUUGGUAUUUAUGGGUGAUGCAAGUCGUCUACGCAAUCCACAUCUACGUGCUGCACUGGCAGAAGCAUUCGAAGCUAUUCUCCCUAACAAACAACAUGGUAGCGGUCGAACAUUGAACAGUUCCUUUGCAGAGACAAUUUUCACGAAUCAUCCAUUGAUCGAACAUUUGCCACGUGUUCUUCUCGAUGUUUUCGUUUCGAUUGAAUUAACUGGACAGGCAGUUGCAUUCGAACAGAAAUUCAAUUAUCGUCGGCCUAUGUACGAAAUUCUUGAAUAUCUUUGGAAAUUUGAUAAACAUCGUGAACAAGUGAAAAAACUUGCAGAGUAUGCUGAGGAACAUAUCGAUGAUGCAGAAGCUCCGCUCUUUCUUCGUUUCAUAAGUUUAUUAAUGAACGAUGCUAACUACUUACUAGACGAGGCAUUAUCGCACAUGGCUCGUUUGAGGGAGAAUCAAGAAGCGAUGGAUCGUGGUGAAUGGGCAAGUCUUCCAGAUCAACAGAGACAAGAGCUAGAGAAUACAUUUCGACAUACAGGCCAAAUAGCUCGAUAUACAAACCUUAUGGGCAUCAAAACUUUAACUAUUCUUGAUAUGAUUACACGUGAUAUUCAGUCAAUCUUUUGCAAUCCAGCAAUUUGUGAACGGCUGGCUUCGAUGUUGAACUAUUUUCUUCAGCAUUUAGUCGGACCGAAACGACGCAAUCUAAAAGUACGCGAUUUCAAUGAAUAUCAGUUCGAUCCACAAAAAUUAGUUGCCAAGGUGACGGACAUUUACUUGAAUUUUGCCGAACGCGAAGAAUUUUGUGCAGCUGUUUGUGUGGAUGGAAUGUCGUAUAACGAGCAAUUGUUUCCUCAAGCAGCUGAAGUACUCGAAAAAAUUCGUCAUCCACCUGAACGAAUCGAAGCUUUUAUCAAGCUUGGCCAACACAUCAAAGACGUUGCCGCACAACAAAAAGAAGACGAUGCUGUGUAUGACGACGCACCGGAUGAAUAUCUCGAUCCGAUUACGAGCACCCUUAUGACUGAUCCCGUGAUGUUACCAAGUUCACGUCAAAUUGUUGACCGCGCAACGAUUGCUCGGCAUCUUCUGAGUGAUCAAAUCGAUCCAUUCAAUCGAAAUCCAUUACGUAUGCAAGACGUGAUUCCUCAACCAGAGUUGAAACAAACCAUUGAACAAUGGAAAGCAGCACGACGUCGACAAUAA